AUGUUUUGGAAUAGCUUAAACUAUUUUGCGUUGGAUCAAAAAGGUACUCAAUAUGUUAGAGUUCUUGAAGAUUUAGUUACCUCUUUUGUGGGUAUACCAUUGUGUCCACAAAAGGACAUUGUUGUAGUUGCUGGGGGCUCGAGAGGUAUUGGGUCACAUCUCGUUACAAUGUUUGAUUCCUUGGGCUAUAAGACUAUUCUCAUUGAUAAAAGAUACCCAUUAAAUCUUAUUGAACCUCAUCGAGUGUCAUUUUACAAGUGCGAUAUUUCUGACUUUGAAUAUACAAGAUUAAUCUUGGAUGAUAUCUCAGUAAGAUUUGGUCAAAUCACUGUAUUUAUCAAUGCGGUUUCCUUGAAAAGUUUUACUGACGCCGAAGUGGGGAAAGGUGUGAGUUUGAGAAAGUUAAUGAGAACAGUGUAUGCGGGCAGCAUGCAUAUUAUUCAGCAUAUUUUACCUAAAAUGAUAGCGUACGAUCGCGGUUAUAUAAUUGACAUUGCUUCAACGGAAGGCUUAUACACUACGGAAAAUAAGUCUUCUUAUGGUGCCAUACAAGCAACGAAGUUUCAAUUACUCCAACUGAUUGAACAGACGUUGAAAGAGCAAUAUAAGAAGAAUUUUUUGAUCAGCAACGGCCGAGUUCGCUGCUUACUUUUGAUUUUUGGUAAAGCUCUUAAUUCUAAACCGCACCAGGAUAUGACGACGGCUAAAACUGUUUUCAGUGCUAUCUUUCAUAAUAGACAAGGUGUUCAGGGAUACUCGAUGAGGACGAAUUUCAAAUUAGCUCUAAGAGAAUUGGAUUGGCAAUGGUAUCAGAUGUUCAAAUAUUUAUCCCCCUUCCUAUAA